UGUUCUGCACUGUCGGCAUGGCUCCCAGAGGUGUGAUCACCGUGACAACCAUUCUCCUGUACUUCAUACUGGGCCUACUCUUUCCAGCUCCAGCCACCUUAGGUUCCCACAUGAACAAAGUCUGUUGUACGAGGUACAAUAGGAAGCCAGUGCCCUUCCAGCUUAUAAAGGGCUACAGAGAACAAAGCACCAGGGAAAACUGCCGCAUGGAGGCGAUCAUUUUCUACACAGUAAAGAAGAAUUUGAUAUGUGCAACUUGGAGGGAUGAGUGGGUGAGGAAAACUCUGGAUUUACUCAGUUCCAAACUGAAGAAGAUGUCCAAGGCCCGCUCUGCUGCAGGUGAAACUCCAAGGAAGAAAAGUGGAAAUCAUUCAUUAAAUGAUGGAAGUGGAUCAUUCUUCAGUACCACAGCAUCGUUCCUAAACUACACUGAAAGUUUCUAUGAGUAAAAACCAGGUUGUGGCCUUAGAGAAUGGCAGUUAAAGAAUUCAUGUGAUAAAAGUGCCAAUUUGAGGGAAUGUUUGAGAGAAAUUGAACUUACUGUAAUCAGAUCAUGUUGGCUAUAUUAUCUCUGAAAAAGUAAAGAAAUGCUAAUUACUUUUACUUGCCUAAACAUAUGCAGGAUAAGCCCUAAUACUCCAUCAUCAUGACUUAAGGGGAACGUAAGAAGAACAGCUUUGAGACUACUGAUGUAGAUUAAAUGCUUAGCCAUUUAACCAUGUUUUAGUGAGCAUUUCUUUUUUAAAUCAUGCUUUUCUGACUAUGCUGUACCCUUCCCUUCUUUUGAAUCAGCCUAAUCAUAUUAAUCAGCUAAUAUAGAAGUUCUCAUAAACAAAUAAAUGUACUUGAUAUUACUGCGACAUUGAUCUCCACAUU